AUGAUGCCUGAAAACCUACCACAAGAGGUCGAGCAGUUUGAAAGCCAGGAGAAAGCUAAUAUGGAUGAAACAGAGGUUGUCAACUUAGGAGAUGAGGAAACUGUGAAGAAAACACAAAUUAGAUAUUACCAGAUACUGAUGAAUGAAGAUGAUGCAGAAAAGACAGUGCAAGGAGAAUGGGCUGCUAAGAAUGUGAAGAUCCUUCCUUAUUUGCAUUGCAUAAAAGAGUUGAGUAGGAAAUUCACAAGGAUUGAAUUCAAACAUGUCCCUCGAGCUCAAAAUGAAUUUGCUGAUGCUUUGGCAACAUUAUCAUCAAUGAUUCAACAUUCGGACAAGAAUUACAUCGACUCUAUUGAAGUAAAGUUAUUUGAUCGACAUGCAUAUUGUUUUCAUGUUGAUGAGGAAUUGGAUGGAAGACCAUGGUACUAUGACAUCAAGACAUUGAUAGAAGCAUGA